AUGGACCCCGCAGCUCCUGCCAGUCAGACGGCAGUCCUACUAGCAUUUGCCAAUCAAGUGGCACCAGACAUCUGUAAAAAGCUGCAAAGGGUGGAUACAUUCAUGGCACAGUCCCUAGAGGAACUUCUGAAGGUAGCAGAGAAGGUCUAUAACACCAGGGAGACUCCCGAGGAGCGGGCGGAACGCCUGAGACAGGAGGACCUUAUCAGGCAGGAUCAGAGACAGAAAGAGGCUGAGGAAUGGGAUGUCAGGAUGCGUUCAGAACAACGCUUUCGGGAAGAAAAGGCCCAAAGACAGAUGCUUAAAGCUCAACAAGAGACCAUUCAUAUUCUAGCUGCAGCCCUUCGUCGGCAGCCGGGGCAUUUGGAGCCAGAUCCCCAACCCAGGGGCACUUGUUUUGACUGUGGGCGCCUGGGCCAUUGGCAGAGGGAUUGCCCCCACAGAGCGCCCUCUCGCGGACCCAGGAGGAGAUUUCCUCCCCCACCCCCGAUGGCUAGCUGCCCCCACCCUGAGGCCUGGGUAACAGCUUGCAUUGAGGAGACUCCCAUUCCCCUGCUGUUGGACACGGGGGCAGAACACUCAGUCCUCCAACAUCCCCUGGGCAAGACUUCCUCCAAAUUUUCCGUGGUCCAGGGAGUGGAGGGUUCUCGCAAAUACCCCUGGACCACUAAACGAACUGUGAAUCUUGGGACCCACACGGUCUCCCACUCCUUCCUGGUCAUUCCUGAUAGCCCUGCCCCUCUCCUGGGUAGAGAUCUUUUGCAUAAAUUAGGCGCUUGCAUACAGUUUCACCAAGACUCAGUGGCAGUGACUGAUGCUGAAGGGAUUCCUCUCACCAUGCUCACAGUGAGCCUUCAGGAUGAGCAUUGAUUGUUCUCCAACCCCAUUCCCGCUGACAUUCCACCCCAUGUUAAGCCUUGGGUGGCGGCUCUUGGGGUGUGGGUGGAGCUUUCGGGUGUUGGCUUGGCAAUCAGCCAAGCCCCAGUCGUGAUCCCCCUCAAGUCUGGGGCCACACCCAUCCGGGUCAGACAAUACCCAAUGCCCCUAGCAGCCAGGAGAGGGAUCCAACCCCAUAUCGACCGCCUUCUGAAGGCCGGAAUCCUGGUUCCAUGCAAAUCACCUUGGAACACUCCCCUCUUACUGGUAAAGAAACCUGGGUCGAAUGACUAUCAGCCGGUCCAAGACCUGAGAGAGGUGAACAAAAGGAUCGAGGACAUCCAUCCCACAGUCCCCAAUCCUUACACACUGCUUAGCAAUCUCCAUCCUUCCCUUAUAUGGUACACCACUUUGGACUUGAAGGACGCUUUCUUUACCCGCUUGCACCUUAGCCAACCCAUCUUUGCCUUUGAAUGGCACACCCCUGGGUCCCCGACUGCCUCCCAACUAACCUGGACUAGACUCCCCCAGGGACUGAAACUCAGCCUGACUCUCUUCAGCAAUGCUCUGGCUCGGGAUCUGGAGGAGUUCCGCACUGCAUGUCCUGAAGUGACCCUCCUGCAGUACGACGACGACCACCUCAUCGCUUCCCCCUCUGAAGAUUCCUGUAAAGAUGCUACUCGAGCACUUCUGACCUGCCUUCAGGAAUCGGGGUAUCGCAUCAGCGCGAAGAAAGCGCGCAUUGCCUGCGCAGAGGUAAUAUUUCUAGGCUAUCGCUUGAAAGAGGGUUUUUGAUGGCUCACUAAGGCCAUGACCCAGACCAUCUUGACAAUCCCUACCCCAUCAUCAGCUAGGCAGGUCCGAGAGUUUCUCGGGACAGUGGAUUACUGUCGGUUGUGGAUCCCUAAUUUCACUGAAAUCGCGAAGCCUCUAUUUAGGGCUAGGGAGUCCAAAGCUUGGUCAUGGACAACGGACAUGGACUUGGCCUUUCAGGAACUGCGCACCUCCUUGCUGAGAGCCCCGGCCUUGGCCCUGCCCAAUCCCGAAAAGGCAUUUUUGCUUUUCGUGGAUGAAAAACAUGGAGUAGCAAAGGGAAUCCUCACCCAAAAGUUGGGACCCUGGGACAGGCCAGUGGCAUAUUUGUCCAAAAGGAAGGACCCUGUGGCAGCGGGGUGGCCAGCAUGCCUCCGCAUUAUUGCUGCUGUAGCUCUCUUGGUCAAGGAUGCAGACAAGCUCACCCAUGGCCAAGCACUGACCAUUGACCUUCGGCAACCACCAGUCAGAUGGCUCUCACACUCUAGACUGACACAGUAUCAGUCCCUGCUCCUCAGUGAACCGCGACUCACUUUUAAGGUGAUCUCAGCCCUCAAUCCUGCCACCCUGCUCCCUAUAGGGGACCCAAAAGCAUCCCACUCUUGUCAGGACAUUUUAGUGGAAGCUACCUCAGCAAGACCUGACCUCAAGGACACCCCCAUCCUCAUCUACUUCACUGAUGAUAGCAGUUUCAUCACCCCCUCGGGGGCCAGAGCAGCGGGGGCAGCAGUAGUUGACCAUUCAGGUUCCAUUGUUUGGGCAGCCCAACUUCCUGAAGGAACCUCAGCCCAGCAGGCUGAAUUGAUUGCUCUGAAAGCAGCCCUUAGGGUGGCAAAAGGGAAGCGAGUGAAUAUCUACACAGACAGCCGCUACGCAUUUGCCUCCCUGCAUGUUCAUGCUCCCAUCUACUGUGAGUGGGGAUACAUAACCUCCACGGGGAAGCCAAUUGCCCACCUAGAGCAUAUUCAGGGGCUCCUGGAUGCGGUCUGGGAACCCCACCUGGUGGCCGUUAUCCACACACCAGGCCAUCAGAAGGGCGAUUCCCACCCAGCACUGGGGAAUAGGUGGGCGGAUGAAGUGGCUCAGGAACCAGCAACUCACGAGCCUGGCCCACGGGUGCUUACCCUUGCAUCCCCUCCCCAAGGCCUCCUGCUCCCAGCCCCUCCCUCAGAACCACCCCAAUACUCGGAAGAAGACCGAGUAUGGGUCACUAAACAGGAAGGUGAGCCCUUAGCCAGCUACGAGGCGGUUUUCCAAGACCGCCGGGGCAACAUACUCCUGCCCCAUGUGGCAGGCUGUCUGCUGGCUACUCACCUCCACCAUCUUACCCAACUCAGCACCGACAAACUUCGGGAGAUUCUAUGGAAGGGGCAGAUUCGAUUCCAGGGCAUGACCUCCUUUCUUGAGGAACUCACCCGCAAAUGCACUACCUGCCAAGCAGUGCGGCCAGCUAACCCCACCCCCGCCCCGGGGGCCCAGUUAAGGGGAACCAGAACCUGUGAACAUUGGGAACUCGACUUCACUGAGGUAAAGCCGGGUAAAUUUGGGUUCCGGUACCUUCUGGUUAUGGUGGACACGUUCACGGGAUGGCCAGAAGCCUUUCCUACCAAGGCUGAAACAGCAUAGAUAGUAGCCAAACAUCUCCUGGAAGACAUCAUCCCUCGCUAUGGUCUCCCCACCUCCUUAGGGUCGGAUAAUGGACCAGCCUUCAUGAGCCACACUGUCCAGCUGCUGGUAAAGGGCCUAGAAGUAACUUGGAAGCACCAUUGCGAAUACAGACCUCAGAGUUCAGGUCAGGUAGAGAGGAUGAAUCGGACCCUAAAAGAGUUUCUUACUAAACUCACCCUGGAGACUGGCAAGGCCUGGGUGACCCUCCUUCCCCUUGCUCUUUUUAAAGCCCGAAAUACCCCGAGCCAGCUAUCCCUUACCCCCUAUGAGUUCCUUUAUGGCUCCUUACCCCAUAUUCUAUCAUCCUUUCCUUCCACCGAAAAAAUAACCCCCCAUCUGCGAGAUUUUGUUCUUUCUCUUUCCCAGGUGCAUACUGAAUUGUGGCCAUGUCUUCAAGCCCGGUUUCAACCACCACCCCACGAGCCUCACUAAUUCAAGCCGGGUGACUGGGUCUGAGCUAAGAGACACUGGAAGGAAACCUUGCAACCCAGGUGGAAAGGGCCAUACAUCGUCCUGCUGACCACUCCAUCCUCAGUAAAGGUGGACGGCAUUGGCCCCUGGAUCCAUCAUUCUCACGUCAGGCUAGCCACAGCUCCAAACCCAGGGUGGGAAGUUAAGGCCCAUCCGAACAACCCCUUGAAGCUGACAUUGAGCAAACCCUAA